AUGCUACAACAUCUUAUGGCUGACCAAGCGACCGCCAUAAAAAUUCUCAACAUUAUAGGUCUAUCUAUGGCCAAGGUUACCGCUGAUACAAGCAAGGUUCAGGUCUGGUACGUCAAUACCGGAUGUGUAGCUCAGGUGGCUCAAAACGAAACAAUGAUGGAGAAGAAGAACCUGGUUGUAUUGAGUGAUGCGAAGAAAACGCACGGAUUGGAUUUGGAUCUGGAACAGAUCAAGAUUGAAGAGAAGCACCUUGCUGUACUCGACGAAGCCAACAAGCAGCACAAGUUAGAUUAG